AUGGAAGAGAAGCGUGACUCCAUCCACGCCUUAGCUCUUAACUGCGCGAAACGACAUCUACCUCCUGCUCAAUUUGUCAAUUUCUACAAUGAGCUUGUCAACGAAUUGUAUGGAUCAAUUAUCAACAGGUCCGAGGACGCCAAGUCUGAUAUCGAUGUGGAUGUCUACGAGGAGCUCUCAAUUUGCUUGCUGAGAGUUCUGGAAUCACAACCCAGCAUGCUUCUCUCAGAUUACGUCAAUGAGGUCUUGUUUGUCAAUUACAAUACAGAACUAGCGCAUAAAAUGUUUCCUCAACUUUACACAAUUAAAGAUCUCUCUGUUUUGGCUGUCCUUCUGUCAAAAGCUAGCGCUUUCUUUCUAGACUUGAAUGAUAAAUUACUCAUUGACCAGAUAUGCGACGAUCUGAGUGAUCUCAUAAUACCUUGCAUUUUUGCCGUUGAUUUUGGUGCACAAAGUAACCAGAUAGUUCUGUCUGUUGCCAAGUUUGUGCGGAACAUCUCACAUAUCUCUACUAAUCCAAUUCUAGUCACAGAGAUCAGUACUAAAGACAAAAUCGACAAUUUCAUGUCACAACUUUCCAAGACAAAUAAACUUCUUUAUCGAAAACUGCACCAUGAUUUCGAGUCCCUUUUCAAAAUUGAGGGUGUCUCGGCUAUAAAGAAUGAAUGUUCACCCAACGGCCUUGCCUCACCAUCGGCUGUAUCACCAAAAUAUAAAGGAAUUCCAUUAGCCAGUACGAGGAGCUCUCUUCACGCCGUAACGACUUCAUCAAAAUUCCGAAAUGGCAAGCUCGUGCGAUAUUGCAAGAAUUUAUGGCUGAACAAUAAGAUUCUCAACUGGUCAACAAAUGCCCGAGAUUUCGUUUCUGACUAUGGUGCAAUUGAGGCCAAUGUACUAGCCGAUGGGUUGACGGGUUCAACAAGCGUCGAGAAAAUUAUGACCGAUUUAAUCGAAACCUCCUUCACUUCUUUCGCUCAAUUUGUUAGCAACAAGCAAUAUCACCAGCCGAACUUCAAUCUCAAUCUUUUGGAGAGGCAGUGGGCGAUCUUCAUCACCAAACAGCUCCCACUUCAUAUAAUGGAAUGCAUUCCUAAAGCCCCAGAUGCUGUAAUUACCGCACUUGAGAAUGUCGACCACAAGGUGAUAAAGGUUCUCAAGUCAUACGCCUCAGACAAAGACGAUGCGAAAAGCGGUGGUAGUGAUUUGUUCGAGGAAGUUCCCAAUAAAAACAUGGACAUUAGGCAUGAAUUCCUAAAAAACCUAAUUUUGUUGGGCUGUCAACCACCUUCGGUUCUCAAUGACUAUCUGCGAGAAGACCAUGUCGUCGACACAAAGUCGUUACUUUCUAAUGACACAGUUGUGAUACGAAAUACACAAGGUGUGAAAGAAAGCAUUAGCGAUUUUCCUCGCUUCAUAAAAGAAAAAAUCAACGAACUAGAUGUAGAGUCCAUGUUCAGUAUUGUUGAAGAUCCCAUGAACAGCAAUGAUAGUGACAUAGUUCAAGUCCUCCGCAAGUUUGACACAUUAGCAGCUACGAAGCAAAGGGAGCUAUCAGAAGUGUUCCAUGAAGUGUUCUGUGAGUCCGCUAGAAACUUCGACUGUAAGACCGUUUCCAAAAUAUGUUGUCUGAUGUGUUUCAACCUCUCACAUUCGUUGACAACCAUAUUAACGUUCAUAGCUCCAGCCCGAUUUGUGGCCGUCGCGGCAGAAUUUGUUGAUGAAACCUGGGACACAUAUAUGAAGCAAUCAAACGGGGCCAAUGACGACUUUGAGCCCAACACCGAAUUUGUUUGCUUCACAUACUGUCUGAUACUUAUCAUCAACAUCACGAGAGUCUACGGUGUUCCAUUUGUUGGUUCUAUACCCUCGAAUUUCCAGCUUUCAUCGAAAUCCUUUACUGUUAAGUUUCUCUCUGACUUAGGGACCAUAGCGCCUCAGUUGGAUUUGUUCUCAAUGGAGAAUUCAAAUGUGACACUGGAGAACUGGGUACGUGAUUUGUUCGUGAAUGGGAGUUUGUCGGAUUCUCUCAUAAAAUUUGCAGAUGCUAAGGAUAUAACCAAGUUGAUUCCUUUUAUUUUCAAGCAGAGCAUCCUCGGUGUUGAAGUAGGCGCAAUACGCGAUGUUUCCACCCUUACCGGCGGCUUCGAGUACUUCUUGCAACCUUUUCUAAUUGUGGGUCUUAUAGGAAUAGUCUUUUGGUCAGACUACUAUCUAACUGGCCUAAAAAGUAAAAAUGGUUCAAAGGAGUUGUUGGAUCCAAUCUUUGAGAUGUUCAGCUCUCUACUCAACCCUUCAACUUUGAAUGAAGAAGCACGGCCUUUGCAUACGCUUAUUUUGAGACUAAAUGCUGUUCCGCUGCUGAAGGCUACCAGGGCCUUCCUUAACCAGUCCGCAUCAAACUAUGGGAUAUAUUCUUCAGAUUCCGCGGGCGGUCCUAAGCUGGAGUCACUGAUUUCUCACCUGGAACGUACGUGCUCUACUGCCAAUCUUUACAACAUUGAUUCUGGAAGCUUGAGUUCAGAGAAUGGCUAUCCAAGAAAAGAGCUACCGCUGUCUUCUUUUUCCAUAACAGCAGAACAUUCAAUUAAUGGGAUUCUGCACAACCAAAUCAACUCAUUCUGGAACAUGCAUAGCAGCACGUACUACAACCUUGAUUACCUAUUUGCGUUUAUUGACAUUAUGACGCCGUUCAGCUUUUUCGAGGCCACACUUUCCUCUCUCCGAUCUAAAACCUUCGAAUCCACACGCUCGAGCAAUCGCUUCAAAAGUACCGAUGGUGAAAGUUCAGCACCUUUGGAUUAUUUCUUCCAUUUUCUGGUGACGCACGAUUUGAGAAGAGUUUCGGACAAAAACGAACUGCUAAACUACAUGACUUCUUCGCAGGAAAGUGGUCCUAGCGUUGGAAAGCCAGUUAUUGAACAAAACUCACACACGAAAGUUGAACAGCACUCUGAUGAAGAUUUCGAUAUGCUUUUUGGCGAGGAUACCAGUGCUCCUGGGAAUGAAACUGAUGUUGCAAUGAACGAUGCAAAAACGAACGAUAAGGCCGCGUCUAGAGCGUCUUUAUUUUUGGGCCCAUCGUUCGCUAUUGUGCUUUGCGACUUGCUAUCAGACAAAGGAGCGCUUUUAAAAUUGACUUCCUCCGCUAAAGAAGAAUAUGAAGAGCUAAAGUUUCUUCAUGAAAAGUACGUUGAAAUUCUACGGUCAGAUGCUGUGUAA